CAGGCGGCGGCGGUGUGGAUAGACUCUCGGUGUGUGUGUCUGUGUGUGUGUAGGACCCGCAGCGUGUGAACCACACAGAUUCUGUGGCACGUUCUGCUCUUGAGACACAGGUACCUGGUGGGAACCCUUCAGAAAUGUGGAUGAGUACUUUUGCCCGUUUGGCCCGGCCGGCCUUGCGGAGCCGCUCCCCCGCCGCGGCCUGCCAGGCUCUCCGGGCUCGUGGUGGACCGGGUCCGGCUGCAGGUCCUCCGGCCUCUCUUCUGACUUCAGUGCAGCUUCGUGGGCAGCAGACCAUGGCCUCGGCCUCGGUCCCGGUGGCGAGCCAGUCCGUGAGGCACGCCCGGGCGCUGGACGAGCCGCGGAUGGUGGAGGUGGAGUGGGACGAUGGAGACACCAGUCUGUACCCGUUCACCUGGCUCAGAGACAACUGCCAGUGUCCACUGUGCACCCUGCAGUCAGCUCAGGCCAGGCAGCUGGUGAUGUGCGAUCUGGACAUCCACACAGGGAUCGACUCUGUGGAGGUCAUCAAUGACAACAAGGUGUCGGUUGUGUGGCCGGACCAUCACACCAGUGUGUUUGACUCCGAGUGGCUGAGGAGACGCUGCUUCUCCACCGCUGCCAGACAGUCACUGCAGGAAGAGCUUUUCCUCAAUGAUCGUUAUUAUUUUGAUUCCAAUCUGAACAUUCCCACCGGCGACUACGAGGAAGUUCUCCAUGACGACAAGGCGGCGCUGGCCUGGCUCCUGGCGCUGCGGCGCGUUGGCAUCGUCCGCCUGCAGGGGGCGCCGAGGGGGCGCGGCCAAGUGGCCCGACUCGCCGAGAGGAUCGGUUAUCUCCGGCUCACGUUCUACGGGCACACGUGGCAGGUGCAGGACAAGAACAUGGCAAACAACUUGGCCUACACGUCCAAGCGGCUCAGUCUCCACACGGACUACCCUGCACUGCACUUCUCACCAGGAGUGCAGUUUGUGCACUGCAUCAGCCAGGCCGUGGAGGGGGGGGAGAGCGAGGUGGUGGACGGCUUCCACAUGGUGGAGCUGCUGCAGAGAGAAGACCCCGAGGCCUUCAGGACCCUCACCUCCACCCAGGUGGACUUCACCGACAUGGGGAGGGACUACUGCGACUUCCUGCUGCAGUCCAAGAAACACAUCAUCGACGUCGAUAACAAAGGCCGAGUUGAGAGGAUCAACUUUAACAACGCCACCAGGGACUCGGUGCUGGACCUGCCCGUCCACCAGGUCCAACCCUUCUACCGGGCGCUGAAGGCCUUCACCGACCUCAUGAACCGUCCAGAGAACGUGGUCUGCUACACCAUGGAGCCAGGCGAGGUGGUGACGUUUGAUAACUGGCGUCUGCUCCACGGCCGGAGGAGCUACGUCACCCGGCCCGACAGCUCCAGACACCUGGAGGGCGCCUACCUGGACUGGGACGAGGUCAUGUCCCGCCUCCGGUUGCUACGCAACAUCGUCCACAAGCACACAUGAGCUCUGCAACUAAACAGUGACAUUACAUUUUUUUAAGAGAACCUUAGCUACAGAAUAGGAGCUAAACUACAUAUUGGUCUUAAAGUGCUUAGGUGAUGGGGCAAGGUGCAACGGUUCAUGUUGUUAACAGUCGAGAGCCGAAAGUCGUACACCAGGGAUUUAUAAAGCAAACUAACGGCAACACUACAAUGCAAAGACAAAAGUUUUUUUAAGGAUUCAUUUCACUGCCUUGUCUUGUCCAGCAGGGGCUGCUGUAGACGAAACAUUGUAUAAGAUAAUAUUUUAUACGUGUAUAGUUUUCUACAUUGAUCCGGCUUCUUCAAAUUAUCAUUAUAAUGAUGAUUUUGAGUAAAUUGUCCUGGUUCUUGUUAAAAAUCAAUUUAAUUUGCACCUGAGUUAAGUUACAAUCGGCCAUUUUCUCUGAUAUCAAAUAUCGAUAACGCUACAUAUAAAUGUUCAGGUGUUGAAACUAACUGAGUCUCUUCUGAAAUGAUCUCUGGGUGAAUUAUUUUUCUCUUGCUGCUUGUUUGAGAAUCUUUGUUCCGCUGGUUUUUAAUCCUCUUUACAUUCAAAUCCCUUAAAGCUCUGAAUUCUCCGUCAGUCUGAAUCUGAAAAUGCCUUAGUCCUGCAAUCAGAGAGCAGGAAACCAGUCGUCCCAGUCGUCCCAGUCGAGGUUUCCCCUGUUGAAAGUUGAGGUUGUGGUCGUGUGGUGUGAACUCUCAGAGUCCGGAUCAGGAGACAGGAAGUCGUGUAGUGUGACGCUUCUGGUUCCGAACUGUCGCUGUUCAACAUUUGUAAAUUAGUUUGAAGUUAAGAACUUCUCUAAAUAACCUGGUGGCAUCUGACCAGGUUCGGAGGUUUCAAGAAUCUGAGUCCAACCACAUCAUACUUCAUUAUUAUUAGUAUAAGUUUCCUGUUUCUGCUUUAAUGUGAGAUUUCAGAUUCUCAGGAUGAAACUUGUUUAAAACUCUUGUGCCUUAAUGUGAUGGAGGUGAAGUUUCUGUUAAAUAUAAAAAACAUGGCCAGUUUGUGAUCAAUUCCUUCUCUAACAGUUAAAGAGAUUGAAUUUUAGUUUACUUUUUAAAAAAAGCAACGUUUUGAUUUUUUAAGUCUUUAAUUUUUCCUCGAGUCACUGACAUUGAGAAUGUUGUGUCCAUGGCAACAGGCAUCGGUUUGGUUAGAUUGACAGCUCAUCGUCUGCAGCUUCUUGUUUGUUUUACAAGUUUUUGUUUCUUUUUCUCUUUUAUGUUGUGUUAGGAUCAAAGUGUUGUACAAACUGUUGUUAAACUAAACAUCACUCGCUUGAAUAAACGUCAUCGAGUUGAAAGGA